AUGAAGGAAGUACCAAUGAUAAAUCGAUUUAUAGUGGGAACUUUUGCUAUAUUAUUAGGAGGUUAUGUUACUUAUAAAUCAGGUAGUGAUUUUCAAUUUAUGAAAUUUACACCUCAUUCACCAGAGGAAAUUGAACGUCGAAAACGGGAGAAUAUUGGAUUUUCUGUUAAAUUUACUGAAGAUAUGACUUUGGAUUUAACACCUGAAGCUAAAUUGAAAUAUGAAAAAAUGAGACUAGAGAAACUCAAGCAUGAAGAAGAAAAAGAGAAGAAUAAGAAUAAAGAGUAG